GGGGGUAAAAUGGAGAGAAGAAGCUGACAGUGGGAAUCUGUGUGAGGACAAGCAGAUUUUAUGAAGAGAGCCACCAGGGAUGGAUAAGGAUGGCGGCAAGCCGAAGACCUUUGUGUCUACUUUCCGGUUGGCCCUCAAGCCUCAAGCCAGAACCUUCUGUGUGGAGAAGAAGAAGGAGGAUGGACUGGACUCCAGUAAAAGGACAUUAAUGGGAAAUAACAAACUGGGUGUCUCAUCAGCAACAGGGUCCAGACUGAAAACCAUCCAGGCACUUGAAUCGCCUCACUUCAAAGAACCACUCAGGGACUGCACGGUCUGUGAAGGAAGUGAUGCUACUUUUCAAGGUGUUAUCACAGGAAGUCGACCUCUGACUACUUCCUGGCUGCACAAUGGUGAGAGGGUGAAAUCAAGUAAUACCUCCUUCAAAAAUGAUGUUGCCAGCCUGGCUCUGACUCGGUGUUCCCGGAGAGAUGCCGGGACGUACACCUGCAUAGCUGAGAAUACAGCUGGGAAACAGUCAAGCAGUGCUACGUUGCGUAUCACAGAAAAAGCAACAAAGGAAAUUCCCAGAACAAGCAACCAUGAGUCACACAGCGAGGUCACGUCCAAGGCUUCACCCCCCAGAAACACUCAAUUGUCUCCUGCUUUUAAGGGGAAAAGCAAACAGAGAGAAAAGGAAGAAAAGAAAGUCUCCACAGGUGGCAGAGAUAUCAAACCUCAAACAAAAGUCUCCCCUAGCAAAGGGCCUCCUGUGGAGUUUGUAGACCCACCGGAGCAGGUGGAGGUUCGAGUAGGACAGCAGGCCCAGCUGCACUGUGAGUUCAGGAGCAGCUCUGUCCCUGUGGCCUGCUGCUGGAUUUGCAACAAAGACAAGGUGGUGAAAGGAGGGCCGAGGAUGUCUGUCUGCAGCAGUGAGACGCACAGCAGUGUGGAGAUCUCUCAGGCCUGUCCAGAAGACACAGGCUUGUACACUGUCAUAGUACAAAACAGAAAAGGCUCUGCACAGCAUAUCGUGUCCUUCAGUGUCAUAGACCGGCCCGAGCCACCAGCAUCCCAACCUGUUAUUUCCCAGCUGUCCAUUCAGUCCCUGGUCCUGUCCUGGACGGGUCCCAGCUACGACGGAGGCACAGCAGUGCUGGGCUACAAAGUGGAGGUCAGACCAGAGGGCUCGAACAAGCCCGAGAGCUGGACUGAACUAACAAGCCGAUGUAAAAGCACAUCCUAUCAUGUCCGCUCAGGACUGGAGCCUCUGGGGCAGUACCGCUUCCGUGUCAGGGCAUACAAUUCAGCAGGGGUCAGCGAACCAAGCCAGGAGUCUGAGAUUGUCAAGAUGGUGACCACAAAGGCAGAAAAGAAGGAAGAUCCUGGGUCGUAUUUCACAGUGACCAUUGACACCACACAUAAGGCCAAGGACUACUACAAUCUGCAUGAGAAGCUGGGAGUUGGGAAGUUUGGCCAGGUGUUCCGGAUGUCCCACAAAGAGACGGGUCAGGUGGUUGCGGCAAAGUUCUACAGAGGCCGAACCUCCAAGGAGAGGGCGGCAGCUCGCAAAGAGAUCGAACUAAUGAACAGACUCCACCAUCCAAAACUGGUCCAGUGUUUGGCUGCCUAUGAAACACGCUCUGAGAUGGUCUUGAUCAUGGAGUAUAUUGCAGGCGGGGAGCUCUUUGAACGCAUCGUGGAUGAAAACUUUGAGCACACGGAGCCCACCAGCGCUCGCUACAUGCAGCAGAUCCUGGAGGGCAUGCAGUACGUUCACAAGCAGAAAAUCGUCCACCUGGACCUCAAACCAGAGAACAUCGUCUGCGUGGACAACACUGGUACAAAGCUGAAGAUCAUCGACUUUGGCUUGGCUAGUGAACUGAAGGAGGGUAAACCCCUGAUGGUGAUGCAUGGUACGCCAGAGUUUGUGGCCCCUGAGGUGAUCAAUUAUGAGCCUGUGGGCCUGGAGACUGACAUGUGGAGCAUCGGAGUCAUCUGCUUCAUCUUGCUCAGUGGAGAGUCUCCCUUCCAGGGGAACAACGAUGCUGAGACUUUUGCUCUUGUGACUUCUGCCCGCUUUGAGUUUGAUGAGGAGAGUUUUGAGGACAUCUCCGAUCAGGCUAAAGACUUUAUCAGCUCCCUGCUGAAGAAAGACAGGAGAUGUAGGUUGUCAUGUACUGAGGCCCUCGCCCACCCCUGGAUGGUCUCUUUCACCCCACUGACCCGCAGACCUACCAAGUCCCUCAAUAAGGGGAAGAUGAGACGCUUUCUGGCCAGGCGCAAGUGGAAGAAAACUGGCAAGGCUGUUUUGGCCCUACAGCGGAUGGCUAAUCUCUCUAACAGGCCAGACUCUCCUGGCAGCUCCUCAGAGGAGCCAGGCUGGAGCCAAGAGGCAGGGGAGGCCAUCCAGUCGCUGGAUAAGCAGCUCCAGAGUGAACCUCGCUUCCAGCAGGCCCUGAAGGACACCACCCUUCCCAAAGGAGCAACAGCUCGACUAACAUGCCUCAUCAAUGGUUACCCACAGCCGGAGGUGAAGUGGCUUCAGAAUGAGAAGCGGGUGUCUGAAUCGGAGAGAGUGACCACUGAGCAAAAUGAAGACGGCCUCUGCUCUCUGGUUGUGACAGAUCUGAAGCCUUCUGACUCUGGGGUUUAUGUGUGCCGGGCCGGCAACAAGCUGGGGGAGGCAAUGUGCUCUGCCAAACUGACAGUGAGGAUGUGAACAUGAAGAAAACCAGCAGAGGCAACAAUUUUAAGAUUAUCUUCAUUUGGAAGGAGACUUCAGAAGCAGACUGAUGUGAAUGGUUGGGUAAAGCCUGGACUUUGACACGUCAGCACACAGAUGGACGGUUACUCACUGCCACACAAGGCUGCUCACACACAAUUUCAAGGCAAAGCGGGUGCAUUAUGUUCUUCUACCACAUGCAUACCCAGCGCCACCAGUUACCACAGUGCACUUAUUAAGUCUGUAUUCUUUUAAUGUGUAGUUAGCAUGUUCAGCUACUAAUGCACAUGGUUUUGUUGCACUGAAAUAAGGUGAUAUCUUUGCUACUGUGGCUGAGCUCAGCACCGUUCACAUGAGAAUUGUACAUUUUGCACAUUUUAAUAUCGUUCAAGUGUAAAUGGUUUUUAAAGGCAUUAACAUUAAAAGCUGAAUUUGAGAAAAAUAAAAGCUUACUUGGUUGAAAA